CUUUUUCCAGCGCCAAAGUAUAUGUAUAUUCAUUCAUUCGUUCCAUGUUCAAAAUGGACGUAUCGAGAACGAAUCCAACAUCGAAGUUAUCAAGUGAUAAAUGGGGAAGUAAAGGCCCACUCACCAUCUAUGCACUUUCCAUUUCUCUAUUCUCGCUACUACUUUUGAAAGUAGGUUAAACCUUAUCCCAUCCAUAAACUCCAGUCAUGAUAUCUGAUAUUGACCUUCAAACUUCCAUUAUAUCUAAAAAUCAUCCCAACAGCAAGAGAUAGUGUUUAUUCCACGUUUUUAUUCAAGGAUAUGCAUAUGCAUCCAGUAGCCUUACGAAUAUUCUCAAAGCGAACAAUUAUCGGAUCAUACGGUAUACUUGUCGAGGAAAAACAAAUUCGACAGACUGGUACGGAUGCAAGAUUCGGUACGGUGAGAGAUAUCCAGCAGCUUUUUUUGAUAGAUGUAACCGAGAGUAAGUAAUAGCCGUACUUGUAUCUUAGUCGAUUGGCACUUCUCCGCACCCACACAAACAUAAAUACACAUAUAUAUAGCCUCAAAAUAUCUACAGAGCAUUCAACUUCCAAUUACUUACAUUCAUCCUCCUGCAACCAAAAACCUAUUUGGCAAUCUUCCUUUCUUUCAUUACGGAUUCUCUCCAAGCGAAAUUACCACUACAACAUACAUAGCUGUAGAUACAGUCCAAAAUAUUCCAUCAAUACAAAGGUAUCUUGCAUAAAUCAGGAAUUCCAAUACCCCACACAAAACCUUACAUCUACUCCAUAGAAGACCCAGCGAUAAUAAGUGGUCAAAAGACGUCUAGAAGUAAAAUGCGGUUCCUACAGGGAAUCGACAUUGAAGACGCCGAAGAAAUUCGGCGUGUAGUCCGAUCAGCUAAACUCCCAGCAAUAGGAGAGUUCUCAGGAUAUCCUCGACCUCGCCUUGAUAAUCCAACUGGCCCGCUCACAUCGGUUGAAAGAAGAGCAGUGCAAGAUAUUGAGCAGUUAUGGAUGCUCGGAAAAGAAUAUCGGAAACAUAUCAAUCGCUUAAUCCAGGACUGUGAUAUAAUUCCGCAUUAUAUUAUCGUAAAAGCUGCAAAGGCUACGCGUAAAUAUAUCGACUCUCUGAGGGCUCAGGGCUACAGCGAACACAUUCAAGAUCUCGAAUUAGUGGAUGCCGAUGAGCCUCAGAUAAUGAAAGACACUACUACCAUGCCUAGGAAACGAAGUGCUAGUAGUCAAGAAAUCUCAAAGAAUGUUCCAGCGAAAAAACAAAAUGUUUCCAACCGGGAAGAGGACAAAAUGGACACACCUGUCGAUGGCUUGGUUCCUGCUAAGACGGGUGAUGGUAAAGAAAAUAUCCAUCGUAAGCACGAAUUGGUUCCCGAUUCCAACGGAAUCUCUCUCACUCAUCCACCUAUAGUGCCAAAAAUAUCUAGUUAUCCUGCAUUCCCUACCACGUUAAAGAAACUAAAAAACGCAGAUGGACUUGGGACCGAAGAUUUAAAGGCGAUCACUAGGACAAGAAAUAAACGUCAAGUCCAGCGGCAAUCUAAUACCAUCGACCAAAUCCUCAACACUAAUCGGAAAGAGCAGACAGUUGAUAAAACCGGGAUUGGAUCAAAUGAAAGUGAUCUUUCGUUUAAUUCGAAUGCUACAACAAACGAUUCCGGUGAUAGUAUCAAGCCAAAAUCUUCGAGUCGGUUAAUCAAGGAACUGACAGCUUAUAAUUCAUCUGGAGGGAAGGAGUCUGAAGAUACUGUUAAGCAAACCAGAGGUCGUUCAACCCGCCAGUCAGUCCGGACAGAAGAAGUAUAGCGGGUUUGAUAAAUUCAACUGCGAUAACCAGGGAAAGCAGGUGGUUGAUAAGAAUAUCAAAGAGCACGAGAUACUCCAGGGUACGUUACGAUGCAGAAUGAGCAAACACUAGAUUGGGAUAGCAAUGUUGUAAUGGAAUACGCACCAGAAUCUGGUACUAAAGAAUUAUGGGACAAAAGGGCCAGUGGAUAUUCCGGACGAUGGUUGAGACAACUUAAUUUUUUCUGCCGGUAAAAAGUUGUGCAGGUAAAAGUGACAGACACUGGGUAUGGGUUAUGCUCCGAAAUUCCCUGUGCAGAAAGCCUCGCAACAAAGAUUGCGGAUCUUAGAUUUUCAUGAUGUGGAGUUUGAUCAUCAACACCUUGAUGUAGUCAUAGAGUUUGGGUUAAAGGUUGAGUUACAGAGCAAAUAGAA